UCCACUUCCUAACACAUGCUGCCAUUUCUGGCUUAUGGUUUGGCAGCAGAAGACCAAAGCAGUUGUCAUGCUGAACCGCAUUGUGGAGAAAGAAUUGGUUAAAUGUGCACAGUAUUGGCCAACAGAUGACCAAGAGAUGCUGUUUAAAGAAACAGGAUUCAGUGUGAAGCUCUUGUCAGAAGAUGUGAAGUCGUAUUAUACAGUACAUCUACUACAAUUAGAAAAUAUCAAUAGUGGUGAAACCAGAACAAUAUCUCACUUUCAUUAUACUACCUGGCCAGAUUUUGGAGUCCCUGAAUCACCAGCUUCAUUUCUCAAUUUCUUGUUUAAAGUGAGAGAAUCUGGCUCCUUGAACCCUGACCAUGGGCCUGCGGUGAUCCACUGUAGUGCAGGCAUUGGGCGCUCCGGCACCUUCUCUCUGGUAGACACUUGUCUUGUUUUGAUGGAAAAAGGAGAAGAUAUUAACAUUAAACAGGUGUUACUGAACAUGAGAAAAUACCGAAUGGGUCUUAUUCAGACCCCAGAUCAACUGAGAUUCUCAUACAUGGCUAUAAUAGAAGGAGCAAAAUGUAUAAAGGGAGAUUCUAGUAUACAGAAACGAUGGAAAGAACUUUCUAAGGAAGACUUAUCUCCUGCCUUUGAUCAUUCACCAAACAAAAUAAUGACUGAAAAAUACAAUGGGAACAGAAUAGGUCUAGAAGAAGAAAAACUGACAGGUGACCGAUGUACAGGACUUUCCUCUAAAAUGCAAGAUACAGUGGAGGAGAACAGUGAGAGUGCUCUACGGAAACGUAUUAGAGAGGACAGAAAGGCCACCACAGCUCAGAAGGUGCAGCAGAUGAAACAGAGGCUAAGUGAGAAUGAACGAAAAAGAAAAAGGCCAAGAUUGACAGACACCUAAUAUUCAUGACUUGAGAAUAUUCUGCAGCUAUAAAUUUUGAACCAUUGACGUGCAAAGCAAGACCUGAAGCUCACUCCGGAAACUCAAGUGAGGCUCGCUAACCCUCUAGAUUGCCUCACAGUUGUUUGUUUACAAAGUAAAUUUUACAUCCAGGGGAUGAAGAGCACCCACCAGCAGAAGACUUUGCAGAACCUUUAAUUGUAUGUGUUAAGUGUUUUUAAUGAGUGUAUGAAAUGUAGAAAGAUGUACAAGAAAUAAAUUAGGAGAGAUUACUUUUUAUUGUACUGCCAUUCCUACUGUAUUUUUAUACUUUUUGGCAGCAUUAAAUAUUU